AUGACCGAUUCUAAAAGAGAACAUCCAGAUUUCGCCGACCCCCCGGCUCUUGCUCAUGACGACAAGAAAGCCCAUGUCAAGCCAGGUAGAAAGUUUUCCAACACAGAACCAAAGUCCAAGAGAACCGCUCAGAAUAGAGCCGCCCAGAGAGCCUACAGAGAGAGAAAGGAGAAGAAAAUGAAGGACUUGGAGGAUAAGGUCGCCGACUUGGAAGACAGAAACAUCAAGGCUGCUACAGAACAGGACUUGUUGAAGGCCCAGAUUGACUUGUUGAAGCGUGAGCUUGCUCGUCACAGAGGUCACCUGGACUUUUCGGACCUUCAGUUGCCCACUUCCGUUGGAAAAUUGACCAAUCCUAACCCAGAUCGUAAGGAAAACAAGCCCAAGGCUAGUCCCGGCAAAUCCGGUAGCGCCGAGUUCCCAUGGGCUGAGCAAAACUUACAUUCUGUUCCUUCCGGUUACUCCGAUAGCUCCAACCAGCACUUGCCAGACUUGGUCAGCGGCUCCUCACUGUCUACGUCACCAAACGAGAACAAUUUCGUCUCUCCAGACUCACAGAACAGCGAAUCUCUACCUGCCCUGCUGAUACACAUGAACCUCAGUCCUCUGAACCAGUUCAAUAUCUCGCCCAGGUACGAGGAGCAGCUUGAUCCUUUCUGUGUGAAGCUCAACGAAGCUUGUGGUACCAAGCAGAAGCCUGUGCCAAAGUAUCGUCGUGAGGGCGGUAACAUCCCACCGGUCAGAGAUGAGGACUUGCCUCAGCCUGUUACCCAAGAUAACGAUUUCCAAACACUUUUCACGCCGGCAGAGAACAUAAACGAUCCUUUCUUCACUGAUUCUUCCAACUACAACUUCGAAUUUCCUUCUAACGACGAACAAAACGACCUUCUAUCGUUCUAUAACGACAACAACUUUGACGUGUCGCUAGCUUUCGGUAACCCUACCAACGAGCUAGAGAACAGACAGGAUAAAUCAGGUCUAAUCGAUGGUCUCGUCACAGAAGAGUCUGCCUACGAUCCACUUGGCAGUGUCAACACAGAUUUCAACUUUAACGAGUUUGUCAAGAGCAGCUUGCCUUCUGACGCCAGUUCGAGAACGAAUUCCGUUAGCGGUGCACACAGAUCCACGCUGUCGGUGACAAGCUAUAACUCCAACAGUCCUGCUAUCAAGGAAGAGGCCAAGGACGAAGAGUUUGUGCCAGCUUCAGAAAAGACAAUUAAGUGUUCUGAGAUCUGGGACCGUAUCACUUCUCAUCCAAGGUACACUGAGUUGGACAUUGAUGGUUUGUGUAACGAGUUGAAGAGCAAGGCCAAGUGUUCCGAAAAGGGAGUGGUCUUGGACCUGAAGGAUGUGAACAAGCUUAUUGAAAAGUCCGUCAGGACAUAA